GUUGCGGUGAAUCGGGCGGUUCAGGUAGAGAUAGUAUACAGGCACCUCCAGGGUCUCGAAUCUCCUCUAGAGCGCCGACGCCGUUUCUGCCGCCUCGAUCUAGUCUUCAGCCAUGGUUGUUCUCGCAGAGUCGAGGGCAAAGGUUCACCUGCUCUUCUGUGAAGGAACGACCGAACGAAUAUGAAUUUGCCACAUGACACCAACUUAGGGGUUUGGUGUCUCUGCCUAAACAAGCCAAUAUGAACUUGCAACAGAACUCAAAGUCCUCAAUUUCAGGCAACAUAAUCUCGUUCAUGGUUUAUCUUGCUCCACUUCCUACAUUCUACCGUGUGUAUAAAAUGAGAUCAACGGAGGGGUUUCAGUCAAUUCCAUAUGUGGUUGCCUUGUUCAGUGCCAUGCUGUGGAUUUACUAUGCUAUUGAAAAAACAGACUCAACACUUCUCAUCACCAUCAACUCAUUUGGGUGCUUCAUUGAAACCAUUUACUCUUCAAUCUACCUCAUAUAUGCUCCCAGGUCCGCAAGGGUCUCCACUGUCUGCAUCAUCUUCCUGUUGAAUGUGGUUUCAUUCGGUUCAAUCAUUCUAUUAACACAACUCGCUUUUCAUGGCCCUUGGCGUGUAAAAGUUAUAGGUUGGAUCUGUAUGGGCUUUUCCAUUAGCGUCUUUGCUGCACCCUUGAGCAUCAUUAGGCUUGUCAUGCGGACUAAGAGUGUGGAGUACAUGCCAUUCUACCUCUCACUUUUCCUCACAAUUAGUUCCGUCGCUUGGUUUGCGUAUGGCCUCCUCAUUCAGGAUUUAUACGUCAUGCUUCCAAACAUCUUUGGGUUCGCAUUUGGUGCAACACAGAUGGUGUUGUAUGUGAUCAUCUCCUCCAGGAAAUUGUCAACUCUGAGCCCACAUGUGCCAGAGCAUACCAUUACCAUGACAGUUGUUCCUGUUGAUUCCUCUCCAAAAGUUGAGCCAGAUGAACUCGAAGUAAUCGAAUCUGAUCAUGAGCACAGUUGCUUCGAAGACAAAGCAAAAGAUGAUGACACAGGAAAAGUGACAACUGAGGAUAAAUCUACAGCGAUGAAUGGAGGAGCUCAGUUUGAGAAUCUGAUGUUGAACCGACAGCUCUGGACAGCUGGCAGUUCGUAGCAUAAACCGUUCCGUCGCCAAUCGUCACGGAGUUUUCUCCCCUUCGAGCCCUUUCCCUUGUCUGCGGACCUAAUGGAGGCCAAGUUCUCCUCCCCG